AACAAAAAUAAAAAAUAAUAAAAAUAGAGAAAGGAAUUUUUUUUUUUUUUGCUGUAACUUUUGGUAUAUAUCUCUCUCUUGGUGGAGGAAUGCUUGUCACCUACUCCUUUUUAGUUUCCACUCUCUCUCAUAAACAAUCGAAACAAAAGAAAAAGAACAUAUAGCUCUCAAGAACCUCCCAAACAAAGUUCGGCCAUAGCCAUUUAGCUGCGCUUCUGCUCUCUGUUUCAAUGGAGAAGCAUAAGUGUAAGCUCUGCUUUAGAAGCUUCUCUAAUGGCAGAGCUUUAGGGGGUCAUAUGAGGUCUCAUAUGUUGAAUCUUCCAAUUCCUCCGAAGCAAGAAGGGGAUGAGCAGCAGCAGAAGCAGAAGCCUCCACCACCUCAGACACCGCCUGAACUCAGUGACUCCGCUGAGUCAGCUUCGUCUUCGGAGGAUGAUGAAGCAGAAGAAGAAGAAAUUGAGGAAAGGGAAUUGAUAGAUGAAAAGGGUGUGUAUUAUGGGCUGAGAGAGAAUCCAAAGAGGAGUAUUCGAUUGGGAGAUCCUGAAUUUUCGUUUGCUGUGGUAGAUGCUGGCUCUGUUGUCCUUCAAGACCGAGAGAGCGAGACCGAGUCCUCCAAAAACCCAACUCGGAGACGAUCCAAGAGAGCUCGGAAAUCUUGUGGGUUUGACAGACACCACCAUCACCACCAACACCACCACCACCACCACCAUCCUCAUCAUGAACAACGGCAAUACCAUAAAAUUGACCACCAUCAUCAAUAUCAAGAAGAGAAUGAUUCUUUAAAGAAGAUAAAGCUUAGCAAGCUAAGUAAUAAGACCGAGUCUUGGGCUGAGCCAGAACCGGUAAGUUCUGUCUCUGAUGCUACUACUGAAGAAGAUGUUGCUUUUUGUCUUAUGAUGCUGUCGAGGGACAAAUGGAGGAGAGAAGAGAACCAACCCCGAGUCAUCGAAGAAGACUUGGAGGAGGAGGAGGAAGAAGAUGAAGAAGAAGAAGAAGAAGAAGAAGAAAGAUCCAUGGAUGACAGUGAUCAAUCAGAGGAGCUCAAAUCAACGAGGACUAUUGUUAAUGUAAGUAGAACAAGAUGUAAAUAUAAGUGUGAGACGUGCAAGAAAGUGUUUCGAUCUUAUCAAGCUUUAGGGGGACAUAGAGCCAGUCACAAAAAGAUCAAAGCUUCAAAUGUUGUUACUACUACUAUCACUGCUUUGAAUGAGCCUGAAGAAAAUGCUGCUACUACUGCUACUACUGCUACGUUAAUGGCGGAGAAGAAAGUCCAUCAAUGCCCUGUUUGUUUCAGAGUUUUCUCAUCUGGGCAAGCCCUUGGUGGCCAUAAAAGAUCACAUGUUACGGGUUCAUACACAAUUACUACUACUACUACUCAUACUCAAGCUACUAAGAGCUCAAGAAAGGUCGUGGAAAGCUUGUUAGAUCUUAAUCUUCCAGCUCCAGUCGAUGAAGAUGAAGUUAGCCAAAUUGAACACUCGGCCGUUUCUGAUGCAGAAUUCGUUAACUCCAUUAGGCAUUGAACAGUUUUUUUUUUUCUCGUCCACAUUGGAUUAUUCUUCAUCCCAAGAAUAGCUUUGUUUGGUUCGAUUAUCAAGGUAGAACAAUUUUUUGGCCCGCUUUGCUUGGAUCUGAUAUUACGACCAAGUUGUUUAUUGCAAACAAAGGUGAAGUUCGUUUUGCUUUGCUUUUACUAUAAUUAUAAACUUUAUCUUCUUUCA